AUGGCAAAGCGAAAGUUGAACGAGCAUGAUGUGCCAGAAGAAACGUCAGGUGACGAGUCACACUCUGAGCGCAGCACUUCACCCGAACCUUCGCAACCUGCAGCGACCGCGACCGAACCCGUGACGACCACCGCGACGCCGAAGAACAAGAAAUCUACAAAAGCUACCAAGGCGGCAGAGCCAGCGCAUGUCGCAUCUUUUGCCGAACUUCAGCUAGAACCCCGCUUGUUACGAGCAAUCCGCGAUUUGAAAUGGACAUCUCCCACGGCAGUGCAGUCACAGGCCAUACCGCUGGCGCUAGAGGGCCGUGAUAUUCUGGCUAGAUCAGGCACAGGAACAGGAAAGACAGCUGCCUACCUUCUUCCCAUCCUACACAAAACACUGCAACGGAAGCAGACGUCGCUCAUCCUGGCUCCAACGAGAGAGUUGUGCCAGCAGAUUGCGACCGUCGCCAAAUCCCUCGCACAACACUGCAAUCAGGAAAUUAGGGUACGGAAUAUUGCGGGCAAGGAGUCGGACGCUGUCGUGAAGGCAGCGCUCGCCGAUAAGCCAGAAGUGGUUGUGGCUACACCAGCGAGGGCAUGGACCAACAUCAAUAACUCCACAUUGGCCGUCAACGACCUUUGUACGCUAGUUGUGGACGAAGGUGAUUUGAUAAACGGCUAUGGUUUCGCCGAGGAUAUGACCAACAUAGCUCGUGAGAUACCUGUUGGCGUCCAAAAGUUUGUUCUCUCAGCUACUCUCUCCACCGACGUUGAGGCUCUCGGUAGCCUGUUGUGUACCGAUCCCGUCAUUCUCAAACUUGCCGACCUUGACAAAGACUCGAAAAGAGUGAAGCAAUAUGUUCUGAAGGUUGCCGAAGACGAGAAGUUUCUCUUGAUCUACGCCAUGUUCAAAUUGCAGCUGAUCAAGGGUAAGACGAUUGUCUUCGUUGGCGAUGUCGACCGAUCAUAUCGCGUUAAGCUUUUCCUCGAACAAUUCGGAAUUAAGAGUGCCGUGCUCAAUUCAGAACUUCCGCUUGCGUCACGCACUCACAUCGUGGAGGAAUUCAACAAAAACGUGUAUAACAUUCUCAUCGCCAGUGACGAGAACGAUGUGGUCGGAGUCCAAGACGAGGACUCGAAGCCAAAGAAGAAGAAAGCAAAGAGAAAUAACGACAGCAAAGACUCAGGCGUUUCUCGAGGUAUUGACUUCUUGAAUGUUGCCUGUGUCCUCAACUUUGACUUCCCUGGUAACUACAAGUCUUAUUUUCACCGGAUAGGAAGGACUGCGCGAGCAGGAAAGUCCGGAACCGCCAUCUCGUUCAUUAUUCCCAAGGAAAAGUACAGAAAACACAAGCCCACAAGCUUCGCCGGAUGUGAGAACGACGAGGAAGUUCUCAAGAAGGUCGAGAAGCACCAGCAAGAAGGCCAAAAGCUAGAAAACUACAAUUUUGACAUGAAGCGCCUAGAGCCAUUCCGAUACCGCUUUGCAGACGCGCUCAAGUCAGUCACGCGAAUCGCUAUCCGAGAAGCCCGCAUCAAAGAAAUCCACUCAGAGCUCGCCAAAUCACAGAAGCUCUCGCGAUACUUCGAAGAAAACCCUGAAGCCCUCGCCCAUCUCCGCCACGACCAGACUCUCAACCACCCCCUCAGGAUACAACCGCAUCUCAAGCACGUACCAGACUACCUAUUACCCGGUGGUAAAAAGCCAGAGGAUGUCGGGUUCGUCGGGCUCAAUCUUCCGAAACCUGAUCGUAAGAGGUUUGUCAAGGGUAGGGGGAGGAAAGUGGUUAAGCGGAAUGGCAAGGUAGAUCCGUUGAAGACAUUUAAUGCACGGGGUAAGGGGAAGAAAUAG